AUGGAGUCGGAGCACACGCCAAAGACCAGUGUUAUUCCGAGAGCGCAACUUCACGAAAGGUUGAGAGCCGUCGAAGACGCCCUCCGAAACCAGACAGAAAAUCACGCAAACAGACACACCCCAAAUUCUACUCCAAAUACGACGCCUAAUGUCGAAGAUGACUCCUCAACGCAUCAUUGUUUGUGGGAAGACCAGCCGGUGUCUUUCGAGGGCGACUCAUCUUUCAGGCAACAAACGUACUUGGCGAGCCAGAUAGAGGAGUUGAAAGUCGAAGCCGCUCAGUCACCAAUUGUAGUCGACGAGCUGGAGACGUUACGAGGAAUUUGCCAGAGCCAUGAGCGAAUGGAGCCGAAACAGCUGCGAAGACUACCCCAUGUGGGAAAAGGCUCGCAGCUGCAACUUCCACCUUCAGAUCUGGUGAUCCGAUUGCUCCGGACUGUUAGUGAACAAUCAAUACUGUUUCUGUUCUACGCAGUUGAGAACCGGGUGCAAGUCGAAGACCUAUGCCGCAGGGUCUACUUCUCCGUGGACCCGGUGACCAUCGGCGAGGUCACUCUCCUAAAUGGGUUCUUGUCAGUCCUCUUGCGCGACAUCGAUUUCGAGAAACACCCGGAAUUCGAUCCCCAGGAAACAAGCCGUGUGUACAACUUGUGCCAUGCAAACUUCAAGUCCGGCAUCGAGACCUACGAGGUCAUGGCGGUACCGACAUUCGAACAUACUCUAAUACUUUCCAUAGCGUCGUUACGAGCACAACAAGACGGAAACCUUGCAUUGCAAUGGACGGUAAUGUCUGCAGCCGCAAGACACUGUCUCGCCCUGGGCUACAAUCGGAAAGCAAGAUUAGCGACGUUGUCGAGAGAAGAGGCCCGCAGAGCGCGACGCCUGUUCUGGCACGUCUAUUUCGCAGACCGCGGUCUGACUCUGACUCAAGGCAAAGCCGCAAUCAUCCAAGACUUUGACAUCGACGUGGAACCUUUCGAGAUCUCCAAUAAACCCGAGCGACGCCCAUGGGACACCUCCUUUUCUGCAUUCAUCGAAUUCGGACGGAUACAAUCCAAGAUCUACGAGCACCUCUAUUCCCCGGCGGCUUCGAGGACGAGCGACGAGGAACGCAGUGCUUCGGUAGCACAUCUUACGAAGCGGCUGUCGGCGUGGUACGACUCGUGGCGAAGCGUGGACUAUACGCAUGCUUAUCGCAAAGAACUAUUUCAAUUCACCUUUGACGGGCUCGAUGUGGUUUACUACUCCAUUCUAACACUAGUUCAUCGUGGAGCCAACUCAUCGAACUCCGCGAGCUCCAUAACUGAGGAGUGCUUCGACGCGGCAAGAAAGGGACUCACGGCGCAUGCGACCGCCUUCCCUCGGUCCGCGUCUGGGGGUUACGCCGCGUUGUUCAGUUACGCAGUCUGGACACAUCUCUACUCCUCCUUUACUCCCUACAUAAUCACAUUCCUCCACUGCAUCAGACACUCCGACGUCGAAGACCUCAACCUGCUCCGAAGUACCCUGGAAAUCAGCGAGCGACUCAGCGGGUUGGUCGAGUCAUGCAAGCGGCAGUACGAGCUGUGCAGGUCUCUGUACCGCAUCGCGGAGGCAUACAUCAAGUCGAAGAAAGGCAUCGCCUUCGUGGACGGAGCGCUCGAGAACACUAUCCACCUGCCGCUGCAGCAGCCUGCCAUGGAGAACUGGCCGACCUUUGACUCGCAGUUGGAGCCGAACGCUUUCCCGGAUCUACACGUGGACGAGUGGAAUAGUACGUACAUGGGGCAGAUGUCAUUUACCUUGGACAAUCAGCUAGGCAAGGGUAAUACUUAA